AUGAACCGCACCCGUGGCAAGAUUCGGCCUCCUCGAAGAGGCCUCGCGACUGAUCCUGUUGACUUCGACGAAUACUGGGACACCCUCGCCCAAUCGCUGCGCGAGAUCCACGCCAAAAACGCCUCCCGAUUAUCGUUUGAAGAACUCUACCGCAACGCCUACAAACUAGUUCUCAAGAAGCACGGCGAGAAGCUGUACGCGAAUGUUAAACAGCUAGUAGUCGAACACCUCAAGGUUGUCGCAGUACGGGAUGUACGGCCACUGGUGCCUAGCGCCAUUGUCACAGGUGGCGCGGCGUUCGGGACGGCAAGCAGUGUGGAAAAGAGGAUUGGGGGGGAUAAGUUUUUGGAUCGGCUGAAGGUGGUGUGGGAAGACCACCAGCUGUGUAUGGGCAUGAUGAAGGAUGUGUUGAUGUAUAUGGAUCGUGUGUUUUGUGCCGAUCAUAAAAUACCAUCUAUAUAUGUCACCUGUAUGGGACUGUUCCGGGACCAUAUCUUAAGGAACCCACAGUAUAACAUUGGGAAAGCAUUAAAUACGGUGAUCCUUGACCAGAUCAAGAUGGAGAGGGAGGGUGAUAUCAUCAACCAUGCUACCAUCAGGUCUUGCGUCUAUAUGCUGGAAGCUCUCUAUGAAAACGAAGACGAGAAUGAAAAUGAGAAGAUCUAUCUAACCAGCUUUGAGGGCGAGUUCCUUGCAGCAUCCGGCGAAUUCUACAAACAAGAAGGCGUCCGGCUCCUCCGAGAAUGUGAUGCCGCAACUUAUCUCCGAAAAACGGAUAAGCGCCUAUCUGAGGAGUAUUCCCGUUCCCAUGACACCCUUUCCACACUAUCUGAGCCCAAGAUUCGCGCGGUGGUGGAGCGGGAAUUGAUCACAAAUAAUAUCAAGGAGGUAAUGGAUAUGGAUACCGGCCUACGGUUUAUGCUCGAUAACGAUCGCUUUGAAGAUUUAAAGCUCGUUUAUAAACUUGUUGCCAGGGUAGAUCCAGAGAAGCAGGCGCUCAAGAAUAUGAUGUGUAAGAGGCUAGUAGAGCUGGGAAGAGAGAUCAAUAAGAAUGCCAAUCCCUCUACUGCUCUAGCGGUGGCACCGGCAGCAGUACCGGCGGAGAAUGGCGACUCGGCAAAGAACUCUGGUGCUGCUGCUGCGAACGAGGACAAGGCUGCAAACAACCUCACAGUGAUUGCUAUCCGCUGGGUCGACGAGGUUAUCGCAUUAAAGGAUAAAUAUGAGAAGGUAUGGACCAGAUCAUUUGAUGAGGACAAGGGAAUUCAAGCGUCAAUGACUGGCGCAUUCCGGGAGUUCAUAAAUCUAUUCCAAAGGUCUCCGGAGUAUAUGUCGCUCUUCAUAGAUGAUAAUCUGCGGAAGGGCCUGAAGGGCAAGUCGGAAGCAGAGGUAGACGCGGUACUGGACAAGGCAAUUACCCUCUUCCGGUACAUCAACGAUAAGGAUGUUUUCGAGAGGUACUACAAGAAACAUCUGAGUCGUCGCCUCCUCAUGAACCGAUCUGUCUCCCAAGAUGCCGAAAAGCAGAUGAUUGGGAAACUGAAGAUGGAGGUUGGAGUGGCCUUUACGAACAAAUUGGAAGGAAUGUUUAAGGAUAUGAACAUCUCUGACGAGAUGACCUCAGAGUUCAAGAAGAUGCUCCAAAACAAGGAGGGCAGCGAUGAGGGCAAGAAAAUUGAUCUGACGGUCAAUGUUUUGACAUCGACUUUCUGGCCGAUGACGAGUAUGGGCGCGGAUGGCAUGCAGACUUGCUCGUUCCCCAAGGAGCUAGAAGCGCUGAAGGAUAGCUUCACAACGUACUAUUUGGGGCGGCAUAGCGGGAGGAAAUUGAGCUGGCAGGCGAAUAUGGGAAACGCAGACCUGAAAACGUCGUUCAAAGGUGUGAAGAAAGAGCUGAACGUCUCUACAUAUGCCAUGGUGGUAUUAUUGGCCUUCAACAACAUCCCUGCUGGGGAGUCGAUAUCCUUCGAGGACCUAACAACCAUCACGUCGAUUCCCCAAGCCGAGCUGAUCCGGACCCUUCAAUCCCUUGCUGUCGUCCCCAAAACGCGUAUUUUACGCAAAAACCCGGCUACAAAAGACGUCCGCCCUACCGAUACCUUCGCAAUCAACGAGUUAUUUACAUCUAAAUUCACUCGGAUAAAGGUCGGGAUGGUAUCCGCCAACCGGGCAGAAACGGAGAAGGAGCGAAAAGAUACCAGCGAGAAGGUCGACGAGACGCGGGCGCACCAGAUUGAGGCAGCCGUGGUAAGGAUCAUGAAGCAGCGGAAGGUAUUGAGCCAUGCCGAGCUCGUCAGCGAGGUUAUCAGUCAGUUGAAGGGGCGGUUUAAUCCCGAUGUGGCCAUGAUUAAGAAGAGGAUUGAAAGUCUGAUGGAGCGGGAGUAUCUGGCGAGAAUUGACGGCGAGAGGCAUACUUACAAGUAUUUGGCUUAA